AUGUCCAGGCCACGGUACUUGACCUACGUCAGCUUUUCGGCAUUGUUCCUCCUCUCCCUCCCAGUCGCAGAUGCUCGAAUCCGGAGGCACAGAUCACUGCACUCAUCGGAAGAAUGCGUUGUCAGCUCGCCGCUCUUCAGCAAGGCCUCCUCGAUUUUCAGCGCGCGACGGGAGCAGGGUCGCUCACAAGCGUAUCUCGAGCCGGACACUCGGAGCGUCUUCCGAACCACAACCGAAUCUAGUUUGCCGGACGCCCAGUGCGACGUUGACGCCAAGACCGAGCAGGUUCUUCCCGGGCAACCACUACGAGAACGUGCCGUCUGCCCAUUCCGUCAUGUGCUAAAUUAUGACGCUAAGCGAUUGCCAGCCAGCAUCGUUGAGGUCGAAUGCAUGUGCUCGAUGCCACACAGUUCAAAGAACCCGAACAGGUUCGCCGAUAUCCGAUGUGAACCAUCGUACUACACGAUGCGAGUACUGCGCUUCGACUCCGGGUGCAGCAAUUUCGUCGAGGACACCCAGCGAGUCUCCAUGGGAUGUACGGCAGUCUUUGCGAGCCGAACCAACGACGAACUGGCAGCAACGACUGGCGAGAUAGCGCAGGCCGAAGUGCCCGUC